CCUCCCUCUACAGGGAAUCUGACUAAGCACAUGAAGUCCAAGGCUCACAGCAAAAAGUGCCAGGAGAUGGGGCUGCUGGUGGAGCUGGAAGCCGAGGAAGGAGCCAGUGACGACCCCUUCCAGGAUUCCGAGGGGCGGGAGGGCUCUGAGGCAGUGGAAGAGCACCAGUUUUCUGAUUUGGAGGAAUCCGAUGAGGAGGAGGACAAUGAAGAUGAUGAAGAUGAAGAUGAGGAGGAGGAGAGCCAGGAUGAGCCCACUCUGAAGCCCUCAGAAGGGCCACCGCCUGCUGGACACUCAAAGGCUAGCUCUCCACCAGCUCAGGACAGAAGCCCCCGAGCAACCCCGUCUUUGCCCCAAGACGUUACCUCGCGUGACCAGCCCACAGCAAGCUCGAGAUCGGAGGCGAGAUGGCCAGCAGACUGGAGUGAAGCAGCCACCUGCCAGAGCCACUCGUGUCUCCAACAGCCAGCUCUGAUACCCCGGGAGCCCUGGGCUCCUGGUGAGCGGGAACUGGCCCCAAACCAGCAUGGGGGGAUCUUAGCCAUGGGCCCGAUGUUGAGCUCCCAGGCCCCAUCCCCAAGAAGGCUGUGGUCCCCUGGCAAAGAGCCCUGCGACAGCAGACCCAUGGUCCCCCGAAAACACUCACUAACCAAAAAUGAAAGUCCUUCCCAGCGCUUUGCACCAGCUGGAGAAAUGCCAUCCUUCCAGGGUGGCUCUCCUGGGAGAGGAGGUUCACCCAGUCCAUGGAUGGCAUCUCCUCUCAGGUGCACGUCACCCUCAACUCACUUGUCCCCAACAAGAGAACUAUCCCCACAAGCCUAUCUCCCACCCGAGGGCAGGGUCUCUCCAGAGAGGAACUUGUCUCCCAGCCAGGAGAUGAUCCCUAUAAGACACUCAUCCCCCAGGAAAAUGUCUCCAGGACUUUCCGAGUCCCCCCCACGGUACCCACUGCCAGGGGAAAAUGACUUAGUGUUCAGAAGUGGCACAGUAGCGGAUGAGCAAACCCUGGGCAGUGUUACAGUUGCCCAGCGUGGUUUCUUCUCUCAAAAGCCUCUACCUCACAAGCUCCUUGGCAAAAACGUGGAGACCUCGGAAUCCAAGAUGGUGAGUUAUUGUGCUCUUUCAGAGGGUUUUCCUGGGAUCUUCUUAAGGGCAGCAUUUUUUCCUGCAUUUAAGAUAUUGCCCCUUAGGGGUAUAAAAGGAGAAAGAAGUUAGGAAGGGGGGAGUCAUUCGCAGAGGUUGUUUCCCUGAGCAAGAUCAGAGUAGCAGCCUCUCCCCAUAGGUUUAGCAUUCAGCCUGUGUAGUUGAGUUUCCAGUCCUUAAUUGUUCUUAUGGAUACGUUAAAGAAUGAAUACCGUAUCCUAAAACUAUUAUCACCAUCGACACCAUGAGCACUGUUCAUGUCCUCACUAUCACUCCCACCAUCAUCCUCAUUCUCACCAUCAUCCCCAUCAUCAUGAUGACCAUCUCCUCCCGUAACAUCAUCAUAAGUACUGUCCCCAGCCCCGUUAUC